AUGAACGACCUGGAAAAGUCACUGCCGUAUACUGCUUCUUCGCAGGCCCAGUCUCCAAGUUUGUUGAGGGGCCGACCUUAUGCUGUCAACAACACGCCCAGAUCAACGAUCCCGUCGGCUGGGCGAUCCGACGCUUCACAAAUGCCAAAUUCCGAGCAAGGUGAUGCUGCGUCAAGAGAUGGGCUAAGCGGGGUCAAUCUGCAUACUAAUGGGACCGAGUUCUAUGGUAACUCGUCAAACCUGGCAUUCCUGGGGAAUCUAUACGCAAGAGCACAGAAUCAAGAGCUCAGAUAUCAAGAUCGACCCGAUGAGACUCCUCGACAAAUCCCGGCGUCACCGGAUUAUACUAAUCCUCGAUCUCAGCCUUUAUCGCGAGAAACGAGCCACAAAAGUAGCAGGAGGUCAGGCAAAUCACAACUCUCCAUCGUGAACUUGCUUUACAAUGCAGAUUAUAUCGGGCAUCCUUCGCCCCAAUCCCAUGAUGGGACAGACGUUGCAGCACAGAGAAGUCCGCCAGAUGCAGAUGGCCUCGGAAACAGGACCCCUCCAGUGAACAAGGACCAAGACAUCAGUUUAGAAGCUUUAUUUCCCCGCCUUACAGAGAGUGCGCAGAUGGAGAUCGAGAAAACCUUCAUCAGCAGCUACUUUGUGAACAAGCAUUACAUCCACCCAAUACUUUCUAAAGGCGCCUUUAUGCAACGCUGUGAAAAUGAAGCAUGGUCAGUUCCAAAUCGCCAGGGACUUUUCCGAGGUACCACGAAAUUUGCCGGGCUAUACUUUGCGGUCGUUGCUCUGGGCGCGAUCAAUGCAAGCUCGAACGAGACCUCCUUACUACAACAUUUCUGUCAGCAAUUUGUCGAUCCAAGUCAGACACGACGAGCUCGGAGGGGACCGGGAUUCACGGCCCUUGACUUUGCGAAGUACUUCUUCGGCCUCGCAAAACGGACUCUGGGUGAUCUUUUUGAAAGUUCCUGUUUGGAGUCUGCCCAGUCUCUUCUUCUUUUGAGUGUGUUUCGUCAAAAUUCGUUGCAGCCCCAUAGCUGUUAUAUGUAUAGCGGAAUGGCUGUCCGCACAGCAGCGGCUAUUGGUCUCGGUUCGAGCAUGUCUUCUCUGCCCCCCAGUGCGAGACGAGAAGCUAGGCGGACCUGGUGGUGUAUCUACUCUCAUGAGAUAGAAAUGUGUUGUUCCUCGGGACGUCUGGACAGCAUGAAAGCGUUGCAUUGUUACCAGACCUCCCUCCCCAAGCUAAAAGUAAGUGCCAUCCUCAAUUCGCACGGUGCAACCCUGACAGACCAGGUUGAUGUCGAUGAUUUCGACCCUGAUGCCGAAGACAAUGACAUAGCGAUGAUCCCGGCAAUGGUUGCCCUAGCCCAGAUCAUGUCCGAAGCAUCUCAUCAACUGUACCACUCCAUGCGGCGGUCAAUGGCCGAUAAGUCCCGUCUGGCUAUGGCACUUGACCAGCGACUUCUUGAAUGGAAGGCGACACUGCCGGCUUUCUUGGAUCUAGAUGCACUUGCAUUGAAUGACCCUGAAUGGGCGUUCAAACAGAAAUUGGUCUUAAGGCUGAGAUAUUACAAUACUCGAAUCCUCAUCCACAAGCCAUUCCUUUUGGCAGCAACUGCAAAUACAGACGGUUCCUCGCCAGACCUUUCUGCCCAUCUACAUACCUGCCUCAAUGCUGCCCGGAUGAGUAUCAAUAUGCAAUACGAGUCAUUUAUGCAUAGGAUCUACAUUCGCACAUGGUGGUACAACACAACCUACGCACUCUACGGGUCAAUGAUCCUCCUCCAUCUCAUCCUCUCAAACUACUCAGGCCUCCCAGACGAUGAACUCCUCGAAGACGUCGAAAAAUCCCUCGAGAUCUUUUCCUCCAUGGGCGAUAUUAUCGUCGCCCGUCGCUGCGCCGAGAUGCUCCGCGAAGUCCUAGAAGUUGCGCGCACAUGUCUGGCUAGAAGACGGCGCUCUGCCUAUGGAGCUAACCACAGCGAAGACAGCCAAAACCAAAGCCAGUACUCUAGACUCGGAGUGCCAUAUACCCCAUCAACAGGAGUCUCAAAUCCGUCUCAAGCAGCUGCAGAUGCAACCACAUCAGCGCGGAAGCAUUCAAUUCCAAAUUCAACGCCAAUAGGAGGCGAGGUCGGUCUACCAGCGGCAUCAUUUACACCCACGCACGGAUUAUCCCUCGACACCCCAUCAUCUAUUAUGGACCAAAAUACUGAUCCAGAGGACGGGGAUUUCUUCUUUUCACUCUUCAGCAACGGCACGCAGACACAGCCUGAUCGAACGCGGGCGGAGAUGCUGGCCAAUUUGGUGGAUCCGAGUGUUUUGGAGGAUUUUGCGUUUGGAGGUGGAAAUGAGUUCUCUUUCUUUUAG